CCGCGUUCAGGAUGCUGUGCCGUUCCAUGAACGGCGGAACUGGCGCUUCCUAUAUCGAGCUCCUCCGGCGGCUCAACGAAGCGGCCGAAGAGGGCCGCGUCGACGCGGCACGCGAGCUCUACCUGCGCGCGGUGCAGAGGCGGGGUGCAAAAAACCGCGUGAUUUGCAACACAUUCCUCAAGGCUCUGGCCAAUGCUGGAGAGACUUUGUCCGCUGAGCAGUUCUUUGAAGAAAUGGAAGCCGAAAAGGUCGAACCAAAUGCCAAAACCUUCGGCAAGCUGAUCGAAGGAGCAGCUCGCGUGGGUGACACCGCACGAGCGCUGCAUUGGUUUCACCGGCUGUCGAAGAAGUUUCACGUGGACGUGGACCACUACAAUAUGUUGGCGCGAGCAUUCUUCGUCUCGGGCGACUUAGUCACCGGCGCUCGGUGGCUCUUCGAGGAGACGGGCAAAAGAGGAAUUGAACCUGACAUCGUGGGAUACAAUCAGUACUUGGACGCCUUGAGUGUCCAAGGCCGGCUGGAGGAGGCGCAGCAGCUCUUCCAACGCUUGCAGUGCAGCGGCAUCCGGCCCAAUGUUCGCAGCAAGACCUUGCGGCAGCUCGGGGCCAUGCUGGCCUACGACAACGACCUCUUCAUCUAUCGAGUUGAUGAGCAGUUGAAUGAACCCGACAAGGGCAUCUACAUGUUCACAGCAUCUUGCACUUCACCUUCCAUGCCCACUAGCGAUCUGGCUCAAAGGUUGAGAGAUCUUCAACUCCGGCUUCGUGAUGGAAAGCAGCCGUCUCCAACCAUGUGGCAGUCAAGACCCACGGUUGACAGAGUGGCCAUGCAAUGCACGCCACAAGACGGGCAAGAUCCGGCAGAAUCAGAGUAUGCCAAGCAGAUGGGAGCCCAGGUGGAGAGCAAGACAUUGCUGCCGGAAGCGCAAUCCUCAGCGCCAAACGAGGCAAGUCCGAAGAAGAAGAGCGAGGAAUCAGGGAUUGCCCAGUACGACCUGAUCCGCAUGGCCGCCGCGGAAUACCUGCUCAAGAAGACUGGCAUGGACUCCCUCGAUCAGGAGGAAUUCAAGGCUGCAGUGGAAGCCCACAUUGCCAAGGCAGCCGAGGAAGCACCAGAACUUCCGAAGACGCCGGUCAAGACCGAGGGCAGGAUGAAGAUUUCCAAGAAGAAGAUGAUGGAGCCAGUGGACAUCCUCUCAUCAGAGGAGGAGAAGGCGAUCCCCAACGCGGGCUCGGCGGCAUCUGGGCAGCAUUGA